GUGUCGUCGCAGCUGGAGCUCUUCCGUACGAACCUACAGGCGUUCGCCAUCAAGUACAAGAACAACAUCAAGAAGGACCCCGAUUUCCGACGCAAAUUUCAGGUCAUGUGCGCUAAGAUCGGCGUUGACCCACUGGCCUCCAAGAAGGGAUUCUGGUCUGAGUUGCUUGAUGUGGGGGACUUCUAUUACGAGUUGGCGGUGCAGAUCAUCGAGGUUUGUAUCAUCACGCGCCCCAAGAACGGCGGACUCAUCGGCAUGAGUGACUUGCUGCGUCUGCUAGAGAAGAAGAGAGGGGUAGCGAUGCAGACAGUGACCGACGAUGACGUUAAGCGGGCGGUUAAGAAGCUCAGUGUGCUUGGAGAGGGUUUCCAGCUGAUCGACAUGGAGGAGAGGACGAUGAUUGUGACAGUGCCAGUUGUACUAAGUCAGGACCAUUCGACGAUCUUGGCGCUGGCACAGACGACAGGCGGCAUGGUGAACGUCAGCAUCUUGGCGCGCGAGCUGCAGUGGGAUAAGAAACGCAGCAUGCUGGCGUUGAAUGUCCUUCUUCGAGAAGGCAUGACGUGGCUGGACGAGCAGACUAGCGAACCUUCGUACUUCUUUCCGAGUAUCACGCUGUCGGGUACUUACACGUAGUCGCGUAGUUACAUGUACUGAGCAGAUAGAUAAGUUGAAGUGCAUUUUUCUGUUUUAUUGUAGCCUACAUCGUACUUUAGA